AUGAGAGUGAGACUUCGCAGGAGAAAAAAGUCACCAAACCAAGGGAAGGCGUUUCACAUUCAGAUUGGAUUCAUGACAUGCUGCUUACUGAUCCUCUUGCUCAUGCUUUGGAAUCUUAACGAUGAAAUCGAUUUGAAAGCUCCAGGAAUAAACCACCCUAUUGACAACCAUGAUUAUGUUCCAAUGAAAUGGCCAAAGUCUCUCUCAAUCACUUCUCCUGCAAUGUAUUUCAUUCACGUUGGAAAGGCAGGUGGGAUGACAUUACGAAUGCACUUGCCAGUUCUUCUGGCCAAGAACAAGAAAGAGCUGGGUUGUUGGAAACGCAACGAGUCCAACGCAGCAAAUUGUCUAGCAUCAUCAAGCAACAACUCCGCAUUAACCAAUCAUAUCCGAGGCCAUAUGCACAUUGGAAGCUCCUUCUUUUCGCCGGACGAACAAGAUUUCUUGAUGAAUCAUACUGACACGUUUCUGUUCAGUAUUCGCAAUCCCAUAGAUCGAGUUACUUCUGCAUUCUACUAUCAUCAAAAUCAAAAAAUCAAAUAUCCCCUCUACAAGUGUUUCAACUCGAUGAAUGAGUUGGUUUAUAGUCUCGGCAAAGACAAUACGAGUGAAUGUUCUCAGCUUGCACGUCGCGUUCUUCAAGGCAAUACGACAGCUGGCGGAGCUCAUUUUGCAUACAACUAUGAGUAUUAUGAAGAAAAAACAAUACAGAAGAAACCGAAUCAUUACGUCACAGCCAUUCGGGCGGAACAUUUGUGGCAGGAUGCAAAAGAUCUAGACAAGAUGGUCGGUGGAACUGGAGUAUUACAAGGAGAUGGUCAACGUUACACUCACUACUCCGCGUCGGUGCAAGAAGUGAGUUUUAGGAAGGCUGAAAUCGCCAGUAAGGCUGUUUCGUCGUUGUGUUGCGUCCUUGCGAGGGAGAUGGUUUCCUACACGAAUCUCGUGUCACGGGCGGUAAACCUAAAACCGUCCGAAAAGCAUGUCAGCUUGCAAAAGGUUCAGGACCAAUGUAAUAUUCUUAUAUCAGGAUCCCGUUCGAGCUUCAAGCAAUUGGUGAUGGACUCUUGCUCUAGUGGAUAG